CACGGCUAGUGUACUGGAUGCCUGAUCAAGAGUCAUGGGGUCUUUCAUCCAGACUCCGUUUUCAUUAUUCGCUGAAACACACAGGUUUUAACUUUUACGAGGCUAAGGCCCCAGCUGCCUCACCUCGGUUUUUGCCGCCACCCAGAGGAACUAUAUGCGCUCCGACGGUCGCCCGGAUAUAGGCGUAGGGUGGAGCCGUAAGAGAUUGACUGGCCAGUUGAUUUGGUUGGCGCAGGCUCAGAAACGACGUGACGCCGCCCCCUCUCCCCAGCACGUGAUGAAAGUCGGGUGGAGAAGGGCAGGCUUUGCGCAGGCGCACAGUUCUCGCUAUAGCCAAUUCGCUACGUGACGAGGGCGUGACUGUGGCACUGGUGGGGCGCCUAGUAGGCAGGCGCUCUCAGCGCUUUCCCCGGCACGUGACAAGUCCCCACGGACGUCACGUGAGGCAGGCGGCGAACGCGCGGGCGGGGCGGGGUUCGGUGGCGCUCCGCGAGAACCAAAGUGCAGCUGCUGACCCGGCAAAACUCAACGGGGCUGGACAGCCAUGCCUAAGUACUGCAGGGCGCCGAACUGCUCCAACACUGCGGGCCGCUUGGGCGCAGACAACCGCCCUGUGAGCUUCUACAAGUUCCCACUGAAGGAUGGUCCCCGGCUGCAGGCCUGGCUGCGGCACAUGGGCCGUGAGCACUGGGUGCCCAACUGCCACCAGCACUUGUGCAGUGAGCACUUCACGCCCUCCUGCUUCCAGUGGCGCUGGGGUGUGCGCUACCUGCGGCCUGAUGCAGUGCCCUCCAUCUUCUCCCGGGCACCACCUGCCAAGAGUCAGCAGAGGACCCGACACACCCAGAAGCCAGUCUCGCCACCACCUCCCCUGCAGGAGAAUACACCCCUGCCGCAGGGCCCUGCCAUCACAGUCUCUGGCCCAGCGCGCAUAGUGGUGCUGGACCCCACAUCGGGGAGCCCUGAGACUGCGGCCACCGUGCUCCUGACCCCUCUGGCCCCUGCGGCCACUCCCGAGGGGUCACAACCUGAAGUCCCUGCCCAGCAGGCCCGGACCGGGCUGGGCUCAGUGCUGGGAGCACUGCAACGCCGGGUGCAGAGGCUGCAACGGUGCCAGGAGCGGCACCAGGCGCAGCUGCAGGCGCUGGAACGGCUGGCACAGCAGCUGCAUGGGGAGAGGCUGCUGGCACAGGCGUGCCGGGGUCUGCAGCGCCUGACAACGGCCCAGACCCUUGGACCUGAGGAAUCCCAAACCUUCACCAUCAUCUGUGGAGGACCUGACAUAGCAGUGGUCCUUGCCCAGGGCCCUGCACCUGCCACAGUGGAUGCCAAGCCGGAGCUCCUGGACACUCGAAUCCCCAGUGCAUAAGGAUCAAGACAGACAAUGUUGAGGGACAGAAGAUAGAAGAUGGAGGAGGAAAGACAUUACACAUGGGCUUGGCCCCAGCCCCACCACCCACACCUGGGUAGUAGCAGUGCCUCCUCAAGGACCUGGGUUCUACCACUCCACUCCUAGGGAUGUCUUGAACCUUAGGGAUGACCUAGGCCCAAGUCUGUCAUCAGCCCCCAAUCCCCUGGGUACCAGGCUUCUGCCACCCCCAACUCAGAUCUUUGCAAAUCAGUACGACAGCCUCAGAGCAGAGCAAGGGUUGUUUGUUUGGGAGAAUCAUACUUGGUUCUUAGGAGCCCCACGCUUUUUGCCAAGCCUGGUACUGAGUUGACGAUACCAUGGUGAACACAGCUGGGAAAAUCCCUGCUCUCAUGGUGCUCGUUCUACUUGAGUAGACAAUGAACUAGUAAACAAAUAAACGAGAACACUGCAAA